AUGCGGGGCCGAGGAGUCUGCUGCUGGGGCGGGGGCAGGAGCCCCUGGGCUCGGCUGCUGGGCGCCGGGCUGCUGCGGCCCACGGUGCUGCUGCCACCCGUGCUGCUGCUGCUGCUGCUGCUGGGGGGCUCCGCGCCGACGGCGCGGGGCCACGAACGCGGCCAGGCUCCCCCGCAGCCCUUCGAGCUGCUCUACAACCUGGGCGUCGAGGCAUUCUCGGCCGGAGACUUUGAGGCCGCCGUCCGCUACCUGGAGCAGGCUCUGAGCAGCCGCCGCAGGCUGCGGGAGGAGCGGCUGCGCUGCCGCCUCGAGUGCGGGGCCCGGGCGCCUCUGGGGACCGCGCGCGGCGGCGGCCCCGCCUGGGAGCUACGCUUCUUGCGCGCCCUUCUGGAGCGGGCUCGCUGCGUGCGCCGCUGCGAGCGGGAGGACGAGGUCGGUCGGCCGGUGGAACGCCACGCCACAGCCACCGCCACCGCCACCGCCACCGCACGGAUCCUGAGCCGCAGCCCGGCCGACGUGCGCCUCGACUUCCAGAAGAGGAUGCCCUACAGCUACCUGCAGCAGGCGUACAGCCAGACAAACCAGAUGGAAAAAGCUGCUGAAGCUGCCUUUACUUUCCUAAUGGCCAACCCUGAGCACAUAGAAAUGCCUUCUCAUGAUGAGAAUACAGAAAGAGUGGCAGGAACAAAGCUGGUGGAUCGAGAAGCCCAACCCCAUCUGGAACACUAUCGGGAGGCAGUGGAAUAUUAUGAAGCUGAUGACUUCCAGUCAGCCAUUGAGUCCUUUGAACAAGCUUUAAAGGAAUAUUUCACAGCUGAUAGGGAAUGCCGGGUGCUGUGUGAGUGGUCCCAGAGCUAUGGCGACUGUGACCAUCAGGGGAAAACUGAUGGCUUCUAUGAAGUCAUUGCAGGUCUCUACUCCCGGCGUCUGAUCUGUGAGCAUGACUGUGUGAGAGACCUCGCAACGUGGCCCGGCCAGCUGUCUCCCAUUGAGAACUUCCUCCCCCUUCACUAUGACUACCUACAGUUCUCCUAUUAUCAAGUUGGCGACUAUGUGAAAGCCUUGGAGUGUUCCAGGUCUUACCUUCUAUUCCACCCACAUGACGAGGAUGUACAGGACAAUGUGAAGUACUAUGAGAGUGUGUUGGAAGAAAGCAUGGACCCCAAAACCAUCAAACCUAGGGAGGAUGCUACAAUAUUUUUAAAACGGCAUAAGCUUGAAUCUGAGCUUAUCAGGUCAGCUGUGGUCAACCUAGGCAUUCCCUACACUGAACAGAACUACUGGACCUACGACGGAGGACAGCAGGAAGAUCCUCAGGUCCUUUCAGAGAGGGGCAGCAGGAUAGCUGGGGCUCCUGAGCAGUCUCUUGGGAAGCAGCCUGUGCCCAGGGUGGAUCGGGACAUUCGAGAGGGGGGCCCGCUGCUCUACAGCCACGUGAAGUUUGUCUAUAACUCGGAACAGCUGAACGGGACCCAGCGGAUGCUGCUCGAUAACGUCUUAUCGGAGGAAGAAUGCAGAGAGCUUCAAAGCAUGGCCAGCAGAAUAAUGCUUGCUGGUAGUGGAUACCAAGGGGAAGUUUCACCCCUCACUCCCAAUGAGAAAUUUGAAGGUGCUACCAUCCUAAGAGCCCUCAAGUUUGGCUAUGAAGGCCGAGUGCCCCUGAAGAGUGCAAGGCUCUUCUAUGACAUCAGUGAGAAGGCCCGAAAAAUUGUCGAGUCCUACUUCAUGCUGAACUCCACCCUCUAUUUCUCCUUUACUCACUUGGUUUGCCGAACGCCUCUUUCAGAUCAGCCACAAAACAGGGACGACCUUAGCCACCCCAUCCAUGCUGACAACUGCUUCUUGGACUCAGACACCAACGAAUGCUGGAAGGAGUUUCCUUUGGCUGCGAGGGAUUACAGUGCCAUCCUCUAUAUGAAUGAAGACUUUGAGGGUGGAGAGUUCAUCUUCACUGGAAUGGAUUCCCAAACUGUGACUGCCUCCAUCAAACCAAAGUGUGGACGUAUGGUGAGCUUUUCCUCAGGCAGAGAGAAUCCUCAUGGGGUGAAGGCUGUGACCAAGGGUCAGCGGUGUGCUGUGGCUCUUUGGUUCACCUUGGACCCAUUGUACAGGGAGCUGGAACGACUGCAGGCAGAUGAGAUGAUCAGACAGUGGAAUCAUGAACAGAGCAUCAACCCCAAAGAUGAACUAUAACAGUGGACAAGAGUGUUCUAUCAAAUAUUUAUUUAAUAACAUUAAUCUUAUUAGAACCUUUUAUUUUUGUACAGAGUCUUGGUAUAAAUGAAUGGGUUAUUAUGAGUCUCCAAAGCCUCCCUUUGGUUGCUGGGGACCCUUUGUCUCCAAUGCUUCAGUCUUGACUUGUUGUCAGUGCAUCUUUUAAGAAUUAAGCUAUCAUUCAAUCAACGAGAAUGCAUUAAGUGCCUUCCACAAACUGGGGAUACAGACACAAGAUCCAAAUAGCUCCUGCCCUGGGGAGCUGACCUUCCAAUCCAACAUGCAUUUAUUUUUAUUAAGUGCCUACUCAGUGCCCAGCAAUGAGCUACGCUGCUAGGAGUACAAAGAUAAAGUCCCUAUACUCCAGAUGUGCAAAAGGAAAAGCAACCCCCCUCCCUUUCGUUUGCUGAGGAUCUCAAAGCCCCAACAGGGAGGGUCCCCCCUUUCUCUCCUUGGCAGAAUCCCAAAUAUGGAAGCUCAGAGGUUUGAGGUGCUUUGAGCUGUGUAAGUUCAUUUGAGCUUCACAACAACUCUGGGUGAUAAUUUGCUCACUGUAGCCACUUUAUAGAUGAGGAAAGAGGAGAAGAGGUGUUAAGGAACUUGCCAGGGUCUUACAUCUAGUCAAGUGUCUGAGGCAAGAUUCGAAUGCAGUCCCACACUCUAUGCACUGUGCCACCUUGAUGCCAUUAGGGAAAGAAGCUACCAAACCAUUCCAGGCCAAGGAAGAAAGAGUUCCCAGCCUUCCAGGAGCCCAGAACCAGGAAGCCAAUGCUGGUGUUUACACUGCAGAACUCAGAACCUGCUCCAGGAACAUGCAUGUCAUGGCCGGGUUUCUUCUCCUGUGUAUCCCUGGGCCAGAUCACUUCAGACAAUUUCCCUGAUCAUUUUCACCACCUUUUUAGCGGGGGCUGGGGGGGGGUCUUCCUCAUUUUUGUUACUGUACAACACAUU